AUGGUAAAAAAAUCACAACAUGGUACUGGUGAUGCCGUACGAGUUUCAUUAUAUUCUAGUCAAUUUAAUUUAAUGACUGAAGAAAAUUUUAUUGGUGUUACUAUUUAUAGAUACUUACGUGAUAUAAUGAAUCUAUAUAGACCAAAUGGGACUGUGAUUAUUGUUGGUUUACGUUUUUUGACAAAUAAAGGUCGACAAACUUAUGGUCGAGGUCGAUCUUAUGCAUUUAUUGAUGCACUUCAAUUUACUUGGUAUAAACAAAUGGAUGAACAAUUUGAUUUUCGAGUUCUAUUACUUAAACUUCAAGAUUAUUUAUCAGAUAAUGAUCGAAGACGUCUUCAUUUUAUUGUUGGUGAUACUAUACCAAGACAUUUACGUGAUGAUCCAACACUUGGUGGUACACUUAGUCUUCUUGAAUCACUUUUUGAUCAAGCAAAAAUUAGUGAACAAGAUUUUGAUUAUUUAAUUCGUGCAUUCAAUGAAAUACAUUGUUAUAAAGCAGUUGAACGACUCAAAGAACAUCAAUUAGCUCAACAUCGACGAAAUAAAAAUGAAACUACUACAAAAAACUUGUCAGAUCUAUUCGAUGAUAAUGAAGAGGAUAAAAUUUCUUAUAAUAAAAAUUUAUCCAAUUUUAUGUUAUCAAAUAGUUCACAAGAACGUGAUUCUAAAACGAGUCAAGCAACAACGACAUCACUCAAUGAAAAUAAUAUGAAUAAAGACAAAUUACCUCUAACAAAAACAGAAGUUCAAUUUGAAGAAAAACGAUUUAAGAUAGAUUUGAAAUUUUUAAAACAAACACUUAAAUCACGAUUAACCAUCUGUCAAAUUGUUUUAUUUCUUUUAAAUAUUGUCUGUAUUUUAAUUGUAAUAUUACUUAUUGUAUUUUUAACAAAAUCCAAGCGUUCAAUUUCAGAUAUUUUAUUGAUUAAAACAGGUAAUUUCUAUGGGAAUAUAGCAGGUGGAAUUGAAUUUAAUGAUGGUCAAGAUUGUCAAUUAACUUUUAAUGAUAAAAUAGUAAAUAUUACUGCUGGUUGGACAACUGAUACUCUUGACUAUGUCAGUUUUCGUUAUUCAAAUAAAAGAUCUAUGCAACAUGGUCGUCAAACAUAUCGUUAUUCACCAUACAUGUCUGAAUUUGUUUUAAAUCCUGAAGAAAGUAUUAACGGUGUAACAAUUUAUACAGGUACACGUCUUAUUGAUAAUCCUUUUGCACCGAAUGGUACAUAUCUUGUUGUUGGUAUACGUUUUUAUACAAAUAAAGGACGAUCAAGUGAACUAUUUGGUUCAUCUAAUGGAACACAAAUGGAUGAAGCUUUUUCAAAUUUUACAAUCGCUUAUGUUCGAGGUCAAGCACUUGGAUAUGUCGAUGGAGUACAAUUUAUUUGGUAUAGACAAAUUUCAUCAUUGAAUGUAGCAAUUUUACGAACGUAUUAA